AUGACGGGAACUAUAUUAAAAAAUGAAGAAUUCGAUAUUAAGGGUAUAUUUCCCACAUGUAGUAAAAAUUUCUCAUGGAAUAAAGAAGCAACUAGGCGUGAAAGUGACGCUGAUAAUUUCACAAUUUUAUGUAGUGAUUUUUAUAAUCAAGUAUCUCAUGGUCAUGAUACUACACAAUUUUCGAAAUUAUGUCGUGUUCUAGGCUUAUAUUUAAAUCAUAUAAAAAGUAGACAAAAUGAAAUUCAUGUAAAAUCAUGUUGUGAAUUAUUCUAUUAUAAACUAAAAAAAGACAUAAUGCAUAAUUUAAAUUUUACUGAUGCUAAUAUAUGCUAUAAGAGCAUGAUGAAAAAAGAUGAUAAGCGUAAAUUUUCAACAAGUAUAUCUAAUAUAUGUGUGAACUAUUCUGCAAAUAUUGAUGAAGAUACAUCUAAAUUAUUGGAACAUCUGUUUAAAAUAUAUUACUACAUUGAUCUCUUUAAAAAUCCUGUUCAAGGCACCACUACAGAAAUGCGCAAAUUCAAACAGGAAAUUAUUGAUUUAGAAAAUUAUAGCUGUAAUAAUAAAAUCCGACUUAAGGAAGAACUCGAAAACAUUAUUAAUGUAUGUGAAGGCUAUAUAAAAGGUUGGAAACAUCAUCAAACUGCAAAGCAUGCCGCAUCUCUCCUAACUGAAAAUAAUUGGAUAGACCUUAGAAAAAUAAAACUCACGGAACUGGGCGAUGAAAUUUUGAAGAAGCAUAGGACAAAAGAUUUAAGAACUACAGAAAUGAUGCAACAAAAAACAUUAUAUUCUCAAUCCUUAAUGAUCACUGUGACAGAUGAUGUAACAAACACAAGAAUCAGUAUUGGAACAGUUUUUUUAACUUUUUCAAUAUUAAUAAUUAUUUUUAUUUUGUAUAAGUAUACCCCUUAUUUUUCACUCUUAAAACCAAGCGUACUGAAAUUAAGAAGAAACUUGAAAAAAAAUUACAAAAAUAAUCCGGAUCUUAUGUUUUCAUUUGAUGAUGAAUACAAAAAUUCAGUAGAUGAUAGCUAUAAAAUAGCAUAUAGUUAA